GUCUCUGCGCCAAUUAAUGGGAUACGCAUCUCGUUGUAAAACACGAAGAAUCCCUUUGCAGAAAAAACAACACACAGUCGGGUCGGGUCUCCUCCUCAUUCCUCUCAACCCCUCACCGCUCUUCCCUCCAUUCCCAGAUUCCGAUUCAGGAGCUACUGGUGUUUGGUAAAUCCGAUGCAUUUCUUGUAAUUUGAAGUUUAACAAGCACAGUUUUUCAAUGGCCAAGAAAUCGGUACCAGAACCACGGCUGACAAAGCUUUCUGUCUAUCUUUAUAUACCUAAUAUAAUUGGGUACAUUAGGGUUCUCAUGAACUGUUAUGCUUUCGCCAUAUGCUUCUCCAACAAACGACUUUUCUCCCUUCUCUAUUUUGUCAGCUUUGUUUGUGACGGAGUCGAUGGUUGGUGUGCUCGGAAAUUCAAUCAAGUUUCAACAUUUGGAGCCGUUUUGGACAUGGUAACAGACAGGAUAAGCACUGCGUGUCUCUUGGUAAUUCUUUCACAAGUCUAUCGGCCUGGCUUGAUUUUCCUCUCGUUGCUUGCCUUAGAUAUUGGCAGCCACUGGCUGCAGAUGUACAGUACUUUCCUGCUUGGCAAGGCUAGUCACAAGGAUGUGAAAGACAGCACUAAUUGGCUUUUUAAAGCAUACUACGGGAAUCGGAUGAUUAUGGCAUACUGUUGUGUGGCAUGUGAGGUGCUUUAUAUCAUUCUAUUUCUUGUUGCAAAGAACGAAACUGAGAAUUUGAUUGAAGUUUUGAUGGGUCUUGCGCAGCAUAAUACACCUCUUUCUGUUAUAGUUGGUUUUGUUUUAAUUGGAUGGGCAGUCAAACAAGCAGUUAAUUGUAUACAGUUGAAGACAGCAGCAGACAUAUGUGUUCUUCAUGAUAUUAACAAAAAGCAUAGCCCAUAAUGCUUCACAAUAGGGCCAAGGAAGUGCAUUCUAAAUUCAGCUUUGCUGCUCAGGUCUUCUAGUUCAGAUAUGUAACUCUAGCAGAUGGGUUUGCUAUAUUCUUGUGAGACAUACGGAGAUAAAAAAUUUAUAACACUUUUCAUUUCAUUUGUUUUAUUCUUUCCAAUUGAAAGGCGCUGAAUUGACAUCUUAUUUUCACAAACUCAGAAAAGUAUUUCGUGCUAAAAGAAGAAAAUGUACAUUGAGAGAGCUCCAGGGCCAUGGCCUUAAUUGCACUCGAGCAAUAUUUGGUUUAGGGAUUGUGUUCUGGUCUCUUCAGUUUGACAUC